CACUUGCAUACCCACCGACCAUGAGCUGCGGUGUGUGGGACGGCAGCGACUUCACUCCGUGCUUCCGCGAUACAUACAUCGCGAAUGCGCCGCUCGCACUUGCGGCGCUCGCGGCGGUGUUCAUCCUGGGCCCGCGCGGCCGGCGCACACCGACCACCGCGGCGUCGCUCGUUCCGCCCGGCGGCGGGCUGCUGGCGCAGCUCGAAGCGCGUGUGCUGCUCAGCAGCCUCGCGCGCACCCUGCCCGGCCGACGAUCUGACGAUGUCGAGCGCCCGCCCACACCUCCACUCACACCUGACUCACCGACGGCGCCGCCCCCCGAGCGACUGCCGCGCAAAAGCGCGCCCCUGCCCUACGCGGAGGAGGAGGAGACAGUCGCCGCCUUCCGCGUCGCGCGAACGCGUUGGGAUGCCGCGUUCUACUGGAUCUCAAUCGUCGGCGCGGGCGUCUGGAUCGCGCUCGAAGUCGCUCGGCUCAUGGAGGACUCGUCAUCCAUCACAGAUGUGGCGUGGGAGGACGCACGCCCCCUCAUCUUUCCCACCACCAUGCUUGCGCUCGCCGUAGCCGGCGGUCCAGUCCUCCCCCUCCUCACCAUCCACCUCGUGCCCGCCCUCCUCCUCUUCCGCUCCGCCGUCAUGGGCAACUACCCGUCCAGCAAACUCAGCCUAGUGCUCAUCGUCUGGGAGUCGGUGUAUUGGGCCGCACUCAUGUCUUGUCCAUAUUAUGACAGGUUGGACCGGCUUGUCGGCGGCGGCGUAUCGAAAGGUGGGGCAGGCACAGGCUUGCCCAGGCAUAUCGAGGAGCCAAGCUCCGGCCUCUCUCGCGCGACGUACUGGUUCAUCCUCCCGUUCCUGUGGAAGUACUACUGGAAGCCGAUCACGCUGGAGGAGAUUCCCGCGAUCCGCGAGGACGACAGCGCCUCGGCAUCCGUGGGCGCCUUCCGCCGCUUCCAGGCGGCCCGCGACGCCGCGUAUGAGGUCAGGAACAACUCGCCGCGCAAGCGCAACCUCGCACUGGACCUGCUCGUCUUCUUCCGUCCCGAGCUGGUGCGCCAGAGCGUCGUCGCGUGCCUCUUCGUCGUACUCCAAUAUCUGCCACCCACGGGGCUGCGGCUGCUUCUGAAGCAGAUCGCUGAACACGACGCCGGCGGCGGCCACAUCGGCACCGCAGCGCUGUACGUCGCCAUGAUGGCCGUCGGGCAGAGCGUCGGCGUCGUGAUAUACGGCCUCGCUCUCAUGCUGGGACGUCGGCUGUGUAUCCGCAUGCGCGCGAUCAUCAUCGGGGAGGUAUUUGCCAAGGCACUCCGCCGCGAGGAUCGCUCCGGUACCAUCAAGAAGGAGGGCGAGAGCGAGUCGUCCUCCGAUGGCAAGAUCAACAACCUCGUCUCGGUCGACGCGUUCGCCAUCUCCGAGGUGUGCGCGUACACGUACUACCUCGCGAGCUGCCCGUUCGCCCUCUUCGUCAACCUCACGCUACUGUUCAUGACGCUCGGUCCCGCAGCCGCUGCUGGUGUCGCUGUACUCGUUGCGCUCAUCCCUCUCCAAACACUUAUGGGCAAGCUGUUUACCGUAUAUCAGCGUCGCCUUCUGAGCGCAACCGACAAACGCCUCGACGCCGUCACCGAGGUCAUCUCCUACAUCAAGCUGAUCAAGUACAACUCAUGGCAGGCCAAGUUCCUCGAGCGUAUGGGAGAGACGCGCAAGGCUGAACUGGGUGCCCUUGCUCAGCGCUUCGCGAUGAUCUCGCUCUCCAAUGUCCAGGCGUGGGCCACACCCGUGCUCGUCACGGGCACCGCGUUUGGCGUGCACGUCCUCGUUCUCAAGCAGCCGCUCACGCCGGACCGCGCCUUCGCCUCGCUCGUCCUGUUCAACAUGCUGCGCGACCCGCUCGCGCUCUAUCAAGACGUUGUCAUCCGUCUCAUCCAGGCUUACACGUCUGCGUCGCGCAUCCAGGACUUCCUUGACGAGCCUGAGACGCUGAAGUACACCCAGGUGUCGACGCCGGGGCCAUCCGAUCCCGCCAUCGGCUUCCACGACGCCCUCUUCGCAUACCCAGGCGAAGAGAAGGCGGGCACUGACGGCGCGCAGCCGUUCCGCCUCGGCGAGCUCGAUCUCUCUUUCCCCAAAGGAGAGCUGAGUCUUGUCACUGGGCCAGUCGGCUCGGGCAAGACGACGCUCAUCCUCUCGCUUCUCGGCGAGACCGUCCUCCUCACCGGCAAAGUCUUCAUGCCCAACGACCAUGCCAGCCGCGACCUGUGCCCGGUCGAUCCCGUCACGGGUUUGUCAGACACGGUGGCAUACUGCGCCCAAACGGCGUGGCUGGUCGGCGCGACUAUCCGUGAGAACAUCGUCUUCGGCUCAACCUGGGAUGAAGCGCGCUACGAAGCCGUCGUGCACGCGUGCGCGCUCGAGCGCGACUUCGAGAUCUUCGAUCUCGGCGACGAGACGGAGGUCGGCGAGAAGGGCACAACGUGCUCGGGCGGCCAGAAGGCGCGCAUCGCGCUCGCUCGCGCCCUGUACUCACCCGCCGCAACCGUCAUCCUCGACGACGUGCUGUCCGCUGUGGACGCGCAGACCGCCCGGCACAUCUACGAGCAUGUGCUCCGCGGUCCACUCAUGAAGGGUCGCACGUGCAUCCUCGUGACGCAUGCCGUCGGCUUGUGCCUCCCCGCCGCCAGCUUCGUCGUCAUGCUCGACGACGGCAAGGCUGUGUCUAGUGGGUCGCCUGCGAUGCUCAUCGCGUCUGGCGCCCUCGAAGCCGAGUCUGAGCCGACCACGCCGGCCGCAGACGAAACAAUCAUGCCCGUGAAUGGCGGAUUGAGUGUGUCCAGCGAGCAGGCCUCGCAGCUGAGCGCCAAGGUUCCACGCUCGCGCCGCCGCUCCGUCCUGCAGGGCGGUGAGGUGGACGACAGCAUCGAAGAUAACCUCGACGGGCUGGAGUAUGAUGCUCUCGUCGCUAAGAAGCGCCUCGACGCUAUUGCGGCGGGCGACGGCCUAACGCGCUCCACCUCUCGCAAGAGCGGCAAGGGCGAUGCUGAAACGCAGCCAGACAAAAGGCUCGUCCAGGACGAGGAGUCGAACCAAGGCUCGAUCCGCUGGGGAACAUACCUGCUCUACUUCCGGGCGCAGGGUGGGCUGCCAUUCUGGCUUGUGCUCUUCGUCGCGUUCAUCGGCUCGCAGGUAUUCCAAUACCUGUCGAAUUGGUGGAUCAAGGAGUGGGCCGGCGCAGGCAGCAGUGCGAACCGCCUUAUGAUCCAGAACGGCGUGCUCACCAAGUCUGAACACACGGUCCAGUAUUACCUCUUUGUGUACCUCGCCAUCUCGGCCGUGUACAUCUUCAUGAUCGCCGCGCGCAUCGGCGUGUCCUUCAUGGGAUCGCUGCACGCCAGCGAGUGGAUCUACAGGCGGAUGCUGGCGCGCAUCCUCGGCGCCAAGCUGCGGUUCUUCGACGCGACGCCCAGCGGACGCAUCAUGAACCGCCUCAGCAAGGACAUGUCUUCCGUCGACCAGGAGACGACCCUCAUCCUCAUGCUGUUUGUCAACUGCGUGCUCUCGUGCGCGACCGUGUUGAUUGUCGUCGCGUACUCGUCGCCCGCAUUCCUCAUCGCCUUCCCAUUAAUCACCGUCAUGUACUGGAUGGUGGGGACGCUGUACGUGACCACGUCGCGCGAGAUCAAGCGCUUCGACAGCGUCACCCGCUCGCCGAUUUUUGUGUCCUUCUCCGAGGCACUGGUGGGCAUGUCGACGAUCCGGUCUUACGCGGACAGCGCGCGCUUCAUGUCCAAGCUUCUCGCGGAGUUGGACACUAACACCCGCUGUUUCUGGUAUUUGUGGCAGUCCAACCGAGCGCUAAACGUGCUUUCUAAUUUUAUUGGCACGCUCAUCACCGUUCUGGCGUGCGUGCUGGCUCUGCAGUCGGAAAUGGACGCAGCCACCGCCGGCUUAUCAAUCACCUACGCGCUGUCCUUCACCGACUACGUCCUAUGGGUUGUCCGCCUGUACGCAGACGCUGAAAUGAACAUGAACAGCGUCGAGCGCAUCGCCGAAUACCUCGAACUGGAGCAGGAAGAAUCGGAGGGGAGCGAGGGCGUCGAGCCCCCCGCUGCAUGGCCCAGCCGCGAUGGCUCCAUCGUCGUCUCAAAUCUCACGUGCAAAUACGCUCCACAGCUCGACCCUGUGCUGCGCGAUCUCUCGUUUGAGAUUGGGCCGCGGGAAAAGAUCGGUAUCUGCGGCCGCACCGGCUCGGGCAAGAGCACACUCGCCCUGUCCUUCUUCCGUUUCCUGUAUCAGGAGGCGGGCAGCAUAGUCAUUGACGGCCUGGACAUUAGCAAACUGAGCCUUGCAACCCUGCGGUCACGUCUUACGAUUCUCCCCCAAGAGGCGCAGCUUUUUUCGGGGACUGUCCGUGACAACAUGGAUCCCUUCGGGCAGCAUGAGGACCUCGAAAUCUGGGAUGCGCUACGGCAAUGUGGGCUGACGGGCCGUACGCCUGGUGCUUCGUUAGCAGCGUCGCGGGCGAUGAGCCGGUCUGCCAGCCGUGCCGUGAGUAGGCGUGAGUCAGUGCAAGACCUUGUCAGAGUGGCUUCUGGGCAAGAUAGAGCACCGUCUGCAGCGGCCUCCAGCCUCAGCCUAGCGCUGGGCUUCGACGAGGAGCGAGUGAUGAUCAGGUCGCUUGACGAGCCCGUUGCGGCGGGUGGCAAAAACUUCUCGCAGGGGCAACGCCAGCUGCUUGCCCUCGCGCGGGGUCUGCUCAAGCUGCGCAACUCUUCCUUCCUAAUCAUGGACGAAAGUACAGCCAACCUCGACCACGCGACCGAUGCGACGAUCCAGAAUGUCAUACGUACCGGGCUUGAGGACACGCAAAUGCUUGUCAUUGCGCACCGCCUCAUGACGGUUUGUGGAUUGGACAAGAUUCUGGUCCUUGAUCACGGGCGGAAGAUUGAGUUCGGCACACCAUGGGAGCUCCUGCAGGAUCCUAACGGCUCGUUCCGCGAUCUCUGCCGACAAAGCGGAGAGGAGGUCCAGCUGAUGGAGCUUGCGCGCAGCGUGCACGAGCGCAAGCAGCGGGCGAGGGAAGCGAUCAUGGACCAGUAGACGUGCCCAUUGCAAUUGCAUGCAUAGACUUCAGUCAGG